AUGCUGAAAAACUUUUUGCGGGAGUACAAUCUUAAUCGAAUAUUCUUGUCAAACAUAGGUCUUUGGCCAUUUCAAAAGAAAUGUGUGAGAACUUUGUUAUACACUUUCUGCUUCCUGCUCGAACUGAGUUACUGUCCAUUCGAGGUAUUACUGUUGUACGAUCAUUGGGACGAUACACAAACAAUAUUUGAAGGCGGCUAUCAAAUUGUCAUGUUAGUCUCUUUUUUUGUAAGAUUACUAAAUGAAUUUUGGAAUCGCAAAAAGGUGAUACAAUUAUAUCAAGUCAUCGACAAUCAUUGGAACAUAUUUACAAACGAUAUAGAAGUUCGAGUGUUGAAAAACUAUUCUAUGCUGUCUAGAAAAUUUACAAAAUACUAUUCGCUGUUAAUGUACAGUAUGAUGUCGGGAUUUAUAGUAAUACCGUUAAAACCUGUAUUCUUAGAUAUUAUACUACCUCUUAAUGACACACGUCCCCGAUUUCUCGCUUUUGAAGUUGAAUUUAGAAUCAAUACAGAUAAAUAUUUUUUGCUUUGUUUUGUGUAUACUACUGCGAUAACUAUUGUGGGUAUAAGUAUCAUGGUAAGCGUUGAUGCAAUGCGAAUUGCUUGUACCGCUCACGCGUGCAGUUUAUUUAUGGCUGUCAGUCAACGAAUAGAAAGUAUAAUCAUGGAAGUAGAUAGUAACGAAGAACCUGGUAGCUAUAAAUAUCGCAAACUAACAAGUACGGAAUUUGAAUUGAAAGAGAAAAUAAUGUAUCAGGAAUAUAUCGACUGUGUAAAAAAACAUCAGCUUGCUAUAGAAUUUGUUAAUAUGAUGGAAUCGUCUUAUCAAGGGCUUUCUUUAUUCUUGUUGUUAUUAUCUAUUGCAACUAUAAGUUGCAUUGGAGUUCGAAUUCUCUACGUGUUGGAUCAACUAGGAGAAGCAAUAAGAUUUGCUUUUAUAAUAGUGGGGGCGCUGUUGACUGUAUUAAUUCCGUGUUACUCCGGUCAAAGAUUAAUAGACGAAAGUCAGAAUGUGAUACGAAUGGGCAUGUCUUAUUUUACAGCGUUUGUAUCAUUGAAAGAUUAA